CAUAACGGGGACGAUCAUAUCUGAUGCACUUGUAUGGUGGUUGUUAUUACAGUAUUAUUAUGGUUGUUAUUCCCGGAAGGGAAAGAGGUUUCCUGGGAUUCCUUCGUGCGGAGAGGAGAGCUUUGUGCGCGCAACGGGCCCGGCAGGAAGGCAGAACAAUGGCAUCAGGGGUGCAGUCUGGGCCAUAACUUUCUUGUGGCACAGCGGAAGGAGCUGCCAUGCACUCAUCUCAGCAGUUGGUGUCCUUUGAAGCAGUGGCUGUGUAUUUCAACAAGGGUGAGUGGGAUCUCCUGGGUCCAAGCCAAAGAGCUCUCUACAAGGAAGUCAUGCUGGAGAAUUAUGAGAGUGUGGCCUCUCCAGAAAUUCCCAAACCAGACCUCAUUUCCCGGCUGGAAGGAGGUGAAGAUCCGUUUGUCUGGAACUGCGAGGAAGGAGAGAGAUUGGCAGGAGGUGAUCAGUACAACAGUGAAAACUAUAGUGAGCCAGCAGGAACACGCAAGCAGAAAGCAGGAAAGGAGAUGCUUGGAAAUCCAUCAGGACAAAAGAGACCUGAGGGAAAUCAAUCAAAGAAUGGAAGGAAAGAAUCCUCUACUUCCCUGGGUGCUGAUGACCUUGAACUUCUGAACCCAGAAUAUCACCAAAGAAAGCAACUAACAAAGUGUCCCGUCUUUGGGGAAAUGAUCAAAGAUAAAUCAGUACUAAAUAGAUACCACAGAACCCCCACAGGGGUGAAACUAUAUGAUUGCGUGAAGUGUGGGAAGAGCUUUAGAGAUAGGGGAACUCUCACUAGACACUGCAAAACCCACACAGGGGAGAAACCAUACAAGUGCAUGGAGUGUGGAAAGAGCUUCAGAGAUAGGGGUAGUCUUACUGAACACAAAAGAACUCACACAGGGGAGAGACCAUAUAAAUGCUUGGUAUGUGGGAAAAGCUUCAGUGCGAAUGGAAACCUUAAAGCACAUAAAAGAAUCCACACGGGGGAGAAACCAUAUAAGUGCAUGGAGUGUGGAAAGAGCUUCAGAAACAGUGGAACUCUUAGUGAGCAUGAAAGAACUCACACAGGAGAGAAACCAUAUAAAUGCUUGGUUUGUGGGAAAAGCUUCAGCGUGAGUGGAAGCCUUAGAACACAUGAAAGAAAGCACACAGGGGAGAAACCGUACAUAUGUAUGGAAUGUGGAAAGAGCUUCCGUGACAGUGGGAAUCUUGUCAUACAUGCAAGAACCCACACAGGAAUGAGACCAUAUAAGUGUGAAGAGUGUGGGAAAAGUUUUAGUGUGAAUGGAAGUCUUACUAAACAUAAAAGAAUCCACACGGGGGAGAAACCAUAUAAAUGUAUGGCAUGUGGAAAGAGCUUCCGUGAUGGUGGAACUCUUAGAAAACAUGAAAGAACGCACAUGAAUGUAGCGAGGAGCGGCGGGCAGGAGACGAAAGAGGCGACGAGAGCAAUGGCAUCAGAGGCCCAAUCUGGAUCAUCGCUUCCUGGAGCUGGAGUGGAAACUUCUGCCAUGGACCUGUCUCAGCGGCUGGUGUCCUUUGAGGAGGUGGCUGUGUAUUUCAGCAAGGGGGAGUGGGAUCUCCUGGGCCCCUGCCAGAGAGCUCUCUACAAGGAAGUGAUGCUGGAAAAUUAUGCAAAUGUAAUGUUUCUGGCUAAUCAGCGGGACAAGAGUUAUAGUGAGCAACUGGAAACAGGCCAGCAUAAAGCAGGAGAAGAGAUGUUUGGACAUCAAAGGCUAGAAGGAUACCAUUCGAAGAAUGGGAGGAAGAAUUUUUCUAUUUCUCAAGGUGCAGAUGACCAUGAAGUCUCAAACCCAGAAGACCUCAAAAGAAAUCAACUGAAAAAGUGGAUAGUGUAUGGGGAAAUAUGCAAAGAUAAAUCUGUAUCAAAUAGACAUUUCAGAACCCGCACAGGGCAGAUCCUAUACAAAUGCAUAGAAUGUGGAAAGAGCUUCAACAAGAGAGGAAACUACAUUGUACAUCAAAGAACCCACACAGGGGAGAAACCUUUUAAAUGCAUGGAGUGUGGAAAAAGCCUCAGUGAUAGGAGAAGUCUCAUUGUACAUCAAAGAAUCCACACAGGGGAGAAACCAUAUGAAUGCCUGGAGUGUGGAAAGAGCUUCAGUGAUAGAAGAAGUCUUUUUGUACAUCAGAGAACCCACACAGGAGAGAAACCAUAUAAGUGCGUGGAGUGUGGAAAGAGCUUCACUGUGCAUCGUAGCCUUACUUCACAUCAAAGAACCCACACAGGGGAGAAACCAUAUCAGUGUAUGGAGUGUGGACACAGUUUUAUUGAUAGAGGGUAUCUUGCUAGGCAUCAAAGAAGACACACAGGAGAGAAACCAUACAAAUGUGUGGAAUGUGGAAAGAGCUUCAUCGAAAGGGGACAUCUUGCCAGGCAUCAAAGGAAUCACACAGGAGAGAGACCAUAUCAGUGCAUGGAGUGUGGAAAAAGCUUCAGUGAUUCAGGAGCUUGUUCUAAACAUCAAAGAACCCACACAGGGGAGAAGCCAUAUCAAUGCAAGGAGUGUGGGAAAAGCUUCACUCAUAAUGGAAGCCUUAAUGUACAUUUGAGAACCCACACAGGGGAGAAACCAUAUGAAUGUGUGGUAUGUAGAAAGACCUUCAUUCAGAGAGAUCACCUUAUUUCGCAUCAGAGAACCCACACAGGAGAGAAACCCUAUAAAUGCUUGGUGUGUGGAAAUACGUUCACUCAGAGGAGUAACCUUAUUUCACAUCAAAGAACACACACAGGGGAGAAACCAUAUCAAUGCACGGAGUGUGGAAAAAGCUUUAGUGAUAGGAGAAGUCUUACUGUGCAUCAAAACACCCACACAGGACAGAAACCACAUGAAUGCACAAAGUGUGAAAAGAGCUUCAGUGAUAGGAGAAGUCUAGUUGUACAUCAAAAAACUCACACAGGGGAAAAACCAUAUAAAUGUAUGGAGUGUGGAAAAGGUUUUUGUGAAAGAGUGUAUCUUGUUAGGCAUGAAAGAAGGCACACAGGAGAGAAGCCGUAUGAAUGCUUGGUGUGCACAAAGACCUUCACGCAGAAAGGUCACCUUAUUUCACACCAGAGAACCCACACAGGAGAGAAACCCUAUAAAUGUUUGGUGUGUGCAAAGGCCUUCACUCAAAGAAGUAACCUUAUUUCACAUCAAAGAAUACACGUAAAUGAGAAACCAUAAAAAUGGAUGGAAUGUCAGAAGAACUCUAGCAAAAACAGAAGCCUUACUAUAAUUCACAGAACCCACAUAAGGAGGGAGAAACUUGUCCUAGUGCUAUUUUUCUUACCUGGUGGCCAUGUUAAUCAGGAUCAAGGGUAUAGCUGGUAUAAAAGCAGGGUCCGCAGCACAGCCAUACUGAUUCCAGAAAGGCACUGAUGCCAUGGAAGACCAGUUAGUAACAGGAACUGGAAGAGAACCUGAAACUAAGCCAAAAGUUCCCAAUAGCAUUGAAAUAAUUGAACAUUUAAAAUAAAUACACAAU